CUUUUUUUUGGAUGACCGUUUUACCUUUUGUAGAGCUGAGAUUUAAAAGCCCAAAAUAACCACUGGCCUCGAUUAUGAUCCGAACUUGCGAAAGUAUAGAUCGAUGGCUGCUUUUAGGGCAGUUUGUCGUCCACAUAUGGUCGCGUCCUUAAUUUGCUGCACCAGGCAAUUGACCUUCCAUUUUAAGACUCGUCCAGCGAAAUUCAGGCCCAUUAGUUUUUUGCCUAGUCUGCAUCACAACAGGCAAAGAUCUGAAUUCGGUUUUCGUUUAAACACUAGGGGAAUAUCAACCGAGGCAUCCGCUUGGAAUUCUCAACGAUCACCAUAUGAAACUCUUGAGCUGGAUAGGGAUGUUGACGAAGAAGUAAUAAAAGCUUCAUAUAGACGUCUUGCCAAACACUAUCAUCCUGAUGUGUAUGAUGGCACUGGGGAUUUGGAGGAAGGAGAAACAGCAGAAACUCGUUUCAUUAAGAUUCAGGCAGCUUAUGAAUUGCUUAUGGAUAAGGAGCAGCGUAUGAAGUAUGAUAAGGAUAACCGUGUCAACCCUAUCAAGGCAUCCAGAGCAUGGAUGGAAUGGGUAAUGAAGAAAAAGAAAGCGUUUGAACGACGGGGAGAUAUGGCAGUCACAGCUUGGGCAGAGCAACAACAACUUGAAUUGAAUCUUAGAGUUCGUCAGCUUUCACGUACAAAGACUGACCCAGAGGAAGAAAGGAAGAUAUUGGCUCGGGAAAAGCGGGCUUCCAUGGUAAAUUUCACAAGUACCAUGAAACGUCAUGCACUUGUUUUGAAGAAAAGAGAUUUAAUGAGGAAGAAAGCAGAGGAAGAUCAGAAUAAGAUUUUUAAGCAGCUUCUUGCAUCAGAGGGGCUUGAGCUUGACAUUGAAGAGGAUGACAAAACAUGAGUCUUUCACGUUCUCAGGCAAUGAAAAAAAUUAUCUAACAGGCUAUGUAGUUUUCAACUGGAUGACUUGUGUUUUAUACGUGACCAACUGUACUGUAAAUGCAGUGGGUACGUGUUCUAUGUACAAAAUACCAUGGGACAAUCAAGCCUGAUUUGUUUCAUAUAAUUAUAUUAAAGAUGAUCAUUCAUAAAGUAUAAUAAUGAGUGGCUUACGCCUUGUUUGUUAGUUGGUUCUGUGAACAGGAUUCGAGUGCUCAUCUGUUUUCGAAGACCAUAGGCAAAAGGAGCCAAAUAUGUGUUUAGCUUAGAUCAUCUUGAGAGGGCAGUUAUUUGAAGCAAUCCCUGAGGCUACAUGAUGACCAAGCCAAAGUCAUGCAAAGCUCAGUAAUAUAAGAUAUGUUAUACAAGGGAUAGAGAUUUGACACGUCUUACAAAUGUCUGUAAUUGCCCAUUAUUUGUAAUCAGUCAUCACACAAGUGCCAAUUAGAUAUCAUUGUAUGCUUUAUAGCUGUGGCAUCUCUAUGGAUGCUUGUUUGCUUUUUGUUAUCGAAUCAAUCUAUUUUGGUUAUUAUUCA